CGAGAGCGAUAUCCACUACGCCACUUCCGCUAACUCGCUGCUUGAGCAAAAUGGACGCCUUUGUGUCUGUUUUCUUCGCAUUCCCACUAUAAGCACGGUUUACGGAGCGACGCAGUGUCUACGGCGCGGCGAUGUUUGCGCGACGCCGCAGUGAACGUGUGUGAGGGCAGUGUCGUGAUCACGAAUCGUGCCCGAGGUCCGUCGUGACUGACGUGGAAACGCGUCCAACCAAGUAGGCCACCGUGUAGUCCCGCGGAUGACAAUUGAGCGAGCAUCGCCCGGACGACGGUGUAUCCGCGGUGAGUUUAGCGACGAGGAGCCGUCGCGCCAGCCGCCACGCCAUCCUUGAGGACCUGCCGGCAGCGACGAGCGACACGGGGCCGCGGAACGCGCCCGGGCCUCCCGCCAAAACGCCAGCCGCGGACAGCAACGGAACGGCGGUCGGCCAACGUAAAUAGUACGGUGUUCGGCGUUCGUGGCCCGGAAGAGGAUCUCGCAAGCACCCCCUCUCCCUCUAGCUGCAACUGCACCUGGUCCCCACGACGAUACAGUGUCGCGCGACGUAUAACGCUGGAUGGUUGACGUUAAUGCAGACAAGGAAUACAAAGUGUUAAACAUGGAUCGUUUAUUGGAGGACCCACGAGCUUCAUCGAAAUUUGGUUGAAACUCUUAUGGUGCAACAUGGGAACUUAAAGAGAACUUUGUUAAGUUCCCAAUAUUUGCCUUAGUGCUAGUGCUCCUCAAAGAGGAACAGAAACUAUUCCAUUGGAUGGUGAAAAAUAUUUGUGUUGGUAUGUUCUGAUGAUGUGCAGUGAAAAAGUUUCAACGAUGAUUUAUUUAGACGUUUGUGUAGUCUGUGCACUGAGACAUGUUUCAUUGAUUUACAUUUACUGCAUAUCAUGAACAAAUACUCGUAGCAUGCCUGUGCAGUGCUCAGCGCAUCGUACUGUCCCACGAAGUCCAGGUGACAUUUAGGAACACUAAAAUUGAUUUUGUUUCUUCUUUUUGUCCAGGCUGUAAUGCCAGAACAAAUCAAACUCAAAAUGAAUGGGGUUGUACCGAGUGUGCCAAUAACUACCCUCGCUGGUAUCGCGAGUCUCACUGACUUGUUGCCUGAAAUGCCCCUGCCGACUCCGCUGCCACAAACUCUGACUAACAAGUCCCUGCUGUUUCAUCCACGAGUGGCCGAGGAAGCGCAAAUAUUGCUGAGUGUCCGUGACGACAAUCUCGUGCCGCAGUUGAUAUUGUCUCUGUCGCAGACUUCGGCGGAUCACAUCGAGCUCAAGGACAAUUAUGCAAAUGCGGAACAAUCGCUAGAGACUGAGCAGAAUACGCCCGAGCUGCUCAAAGCAAUCUUACAGAUAAAUCCACAUGUAUUCAAGGGACCUCAGCACAAUUCUCCCCGAAACUGGACGCAGGGUACGCCUAUGCUGCAUGCGAAUCAGUCGCCGGCAAACUAUGGUCGCUUCUCGCCGUCCUACUCGAGCUCUUCGGGGUCCAGGCAAACGCCUCAAGGUAGUCCGGCUCAUUCUGCGGCCGCCAGGACUGUACUCCCGCCACCAGUGGCGGCCAGCGGCAUUUCCCACGCGCAACAUCCGCGGAUGCCGAUAACGCCGCAGAAUCACGCGGACAUCUCGCAGAUGUCCCCGUUUGCCGUGCCUUCUCCGUCGCCCAGAGGAAACGUGAUGACCGAACAAACGAGAACGCUAACAACGCCCCAGCACAUGCAGGAGGAUGCGAACUGCAUAAACCCCUUGUCCAACGUGGCUCUCCAGCCGAACAUGUACUCACCGGCGCACAUAAGUCCUCCGAAUGCGCCACUGACGUCACUCGGUAAUGUGACGCCUCAGCAUCAUAAUAUGGCUAGUAUGACGCCGCAGCACAACAUGCAUAUGGCGUCUCCUAUACGUACCAACGUGCCGCUGCAGCAGCAUUCGACCAUGGGUAGCAUGCAGCAGAAUCUUUAUGAUCCCAUGAUGAAUCAGCAAGCGCAUCAUGGAUUGGCCAGCGGUCAACCGUUGGACAUUGACAGCGCGGUGCAAGAGAAUCAGCAGUUCCUCCUCGACCCGGUGACCGGCCUUCCCGACAUCGAUUUGCCGAUAGAAAAUAUCGACGCACGACAAAAUGUGGAUCAUCAUGCGGUGCAACACUUAUUACCGACUCCCCCUACCACGUCUUACCCGAAUAUCCACGCCACCGAUAUGAUCAAUGCCUUGGACCCCGCGGCCAAUGGCUCGUCCAGCGUGCAGCAUCAGCAAAAUAACAAUUCGGAGAAAGGCAUGAAACUACCCGGUUCGUUGACGGAAAAGCUGAAAGAACCGGUUGUGAUGUUGAACAGAAUAUCGCUGGCCGAUCAGGCGCUCAUGCAGAAGAGCCUGGCGGCGUUCGCAGAGAAGUCGCCGAGUCGCGCGGCGAAGAUGGGUAUCUCCAACCGUGACGAUACCAAGUCCGACUCGGAGAGCGAGGAGGAGAUAGGUAAGAACAACAAGUACUUCAAAGCGCGCGCUAAGGAGCGGCAAGUGCAACGGGAGAAGGAAAGGGCUGAACGGAGGAAGAGCGAAGAUAAGCGACGGCGAAAAAGGAUAACGGAUGAUGAUGAGGAGGAUGAUAAGCGGGAUGCGUCAUUCUCGCCUAUAAAGCCAAAAAUACGCAAGAUUGAGAAAAAGCUAGUGCCUGUAUUAGCAAAACUGAGCGUGGAGGAGCUGAUGGAGACCAAUAUGUACCAGCGAUUCAACUCCACUAUCGAAACGAUCUUUGAGAACACCGAAGAUGCUAUUGCGAACCCUGAAAUGGAAGACGACGGCGACGUGUCCCCGGAAAUGCUUAUUCCCAAGUAUCAGCUGCACGACCUCUGUACGGAAGCAGCUAAACUCAAGACCCUUGGCGCCAUGGAAUCCAUACCCACGGACAAGCUGGUGAGACUACUGAAUAUCUUGGAAAAGAACAUACGGGACGGCGCUAGGGUGUCGCCUCUCGUGGAUCCGGACGACGACGUCGAGGAAGGACGAUUGUGGAUGCAAUUGGCCAUGGAACGGGUCCAACGUGCCGUAGAUGCGUCAUUGAUUGCGCUACAUAUUAUGACCUCUAGCAAUAUGCCGAAAACGGUUUAUCUGGAAGACGUAAUCGACCGAAUAGUUCUUUUUAUGAAGUUUCAGUUGCAGAAUACGAUCUAUCCCUCUUUCGAUCCUGUCUACAAGACAGACACGAAGAAUAAGACUGAAAAUUAUAACUCUAGCGGGCGUAAGAAGCGUGGCCACAUGAAGGAGGUGCGUGAGAAAAGCAUCCUGCAGGUCUAUAACAAAAUGCACGAGCUGGUGGGUCUUUUGGCCGAGCUGUUGAGCAUACAGGUUUUAACGGACACAAGUGUACUUCACGCAUCGUCGUUGGGUGUCGCGCCAUUUUUUGUCGAGUCGGUGAGUGACCUCCAGCUGAGCGCGCUGAAACUCGUCACUAUAAUAUUUACUAAGUAUGAGAAGCACAGAAGAUUGCUGUUGGAUGAUAUCCUGGCGUCCAUAGCGAGAUUACCUAGCAGUAAAAGAAGCUUACGUACGUAUAGGUUGAAUUCCGAGGAUCACAUACAAAUGCUGACCGCGCUGGUCUUGCAGCUCAUACAGUGCGUAGUGGUGUUGUCAGACAAUGCAUUAUCGUACUCCAAAUCAUCGAAAGAGGACGAGGAAAAGAAGGACGAGAAGCGAUCGAGUCACGUGGACGCCGACGUAUUUAUUAUCAACAGAUACGAGACCGCCACGAGAAUCGCUGGAAAUUUUUUAACGGUAUUCCUCAACAAAUGCGGCAGUAAGGGUGAAGAGAUUGAUUACAGGCCAUUAUUCGAAAAUUUCGUGCAGGACUUGUUAGCGACGGUAAAUAAGCCUGAGUGGCCCGCCGCCGAGUUGCUUUUGAGUCUUCUUGGUAAUCUAUUGGUAGGGCACUUCUCCAACAAAGGUUCUGACAUGUCGUUGCGAGUGGCUUCCAUCGAUUAUCUCGGUGUGGUCGCGGCUAGAUUACGCAAAGACGCGGUCAGCUCUCAAUGCAAACUAUCGACCAUCGACCAAAUCAUAAGAGACAUCAAGCUCGAACAGCAGAAAGACUCGGAUUACGAUCAGAUAAAAGACAAGGACAUCAUGGGCUUGAGCGAGGAUGAGGAGAGGAUGGUGUUCUUGCAGAAAGUGCUGCUCGAUUAUCUGGCGGUUAACGGGACGAAAGAUUCCGCUCUCGGAUAUGCGCGUCAUUUUUAUCUGGCGCAAUGGUAUCGGGACUGCGCGCUGGAGAAGUCUCGGGUAGGCCAAUCGAAAAACAGUCCGAGCAAGAAGAUCCACAAGAAGCGGGCAAAGAAAAAGAAUCGACAUCACAAUAGCGAUCAGGAGACUGAGUCGGAAUUGGACGAACAGGACCCGGACGAAAAUGACAAUAACGAGCAGAAGAACUCAGAGGCUUACAGAAUCAUUGAGGACAAGAAAAAGUACAUCGUCAGCAGAAUAAGGCCAUGCAGUACUGGAACGAAACUGGACAUCCUCCAGACGUACAUUGAUUACAAUUCCGCGGAGCUGAUUUCGCAAUAUCUCGCGUCCAAAAGACCUUUUUCGCAGAGCUUCGACAGAUACCUCAAGCAGAUCCUUCACGUGUUGACGGAAUCAUCAAUCGCUAUCAGAACUAAAGCGAUGAAGUGCCUGACGAUGAUUGUCGAAGCUGAUCCGAGCGUGCUGGCGAGGGUGGACAUGCAGCUGGGCGUGAAGCAUUCGUUCCUCGACCACUCGACGUCCGUGCGAGAAGCAGCGGUCGACUUGGUAGGCAAGUUUGUCCUGAGCAGGCCCGAGCUGAUCGACAAGUAUUAUGACAUGCUGUCGGCCAGAAUCCUGGACACCGGCGUGAGUGUACGUAAACGCGUUAUUAAGAUUCUCAAGGACAUUUGCAUGGAGUGCCCCGACUUCCCGAAGAUCCCGGAGAUAUGCGUGAAGAUGAUAAGGAGAGUGAAUGACGAAGAGGGCAUCCGCAAGCUCGUCAUGGAGGUGUUCCAAAAUAUGUGGUUCACCCCGGUGAGAGAACGUCCAAGCCUCGACUCCGAGUCAUUGUUGAGGAAAGUCAUGAACAUCACGGACGUCGUGGCUGCUAGCAAAGAUAUGGGACUCGAGUGGUUUGAGCAACUAUUAGUGAGUCUAUUCAAGCCGAAAGAGGACAAAGACGACAGCACGAAGAUGCAAACAGAGCCGCCACGAGCUUUGCUGACGGCCUGUAAGCAGAUCGUGGAUUGUUUGAUCGAAAAUGUGCUGCGGUUGGAAGAGACGAAUUUGGAAGAUACGGAAAAGUCGAAAAGAAAGGGCUCGUCGCAGAGGUUGGUAGCGUGUCUAACGACGCUCUAUCUCUUUGCGAAGAUCCGACCGCGGCUGUUGGUCAAUCAUGCCAUCACCUUGCAGCCUUAUUUGAGUCUCAAGUGUCAGACGCAGGGUGACUAUCAAAUUAUCAGCAGCGUCGCUCACACGCUUGAAUUGGUGGUGCCUCUGAUGGAGCACCCCAGCGAGACUUUUUUAGCGCAGUUGGAAGAGGAUUCUGUGAAACUGAUCUUGCAGCACGAUAGAUCGGUAGUCGCGAGUUGCCUGUCGUGCUUAGGCUCCAUAGUCAAUAAUGUAACGCGCAAUUUCAAGCUAAUACGAGACUGCUUCAAAAAAUAUUACGGACACUUAACGGAGUACAAAUCGUUCUACGAGAGGGACCCCACGAAUCCCAUGCUGUUGAAGUACAGACCAUUCUUCCGGAGGGCAUUGUUUACGGUCGGUUUAUUGUUACGUCACUUUAACUUCAUGGAUCCGGAAGUGAUAGAAGGCUUGGCGGAUAACAUCAAGGAUCAGGUUUUCGAGACGCUCAAUUACUUCGUUCAUUUGGACAACGACGACAUCCGGCACUUCACGCUGUCGGCCAUCGGCUCCCUCUGCAUACGGCAUUACGAGUUUAUGAUGCUGCCGGAGUUGAAGGAGCUCUACCAUCACCUCCUCACGUCGGAGCACGCAUUGAUGCACAUGCGGAUCCAGGUGCUAAAUAAUAUUGAAGUGUAUUUGCAGGAGGAAGAGAAGCGGAUGAUCAAGCAAGAUCUCGAGUGGGCGAAGCUGUCGAAGCAGGAGAACUUGAAGGAGAUGGGAGACGUGUCGUCGGGAAUGGCGAGCACUGUAAUUCAGCUCUACAUCAAGGAGAUCCUCGAGUCCUUCUUGCACGUUAACAUAAGCGUGCGACACGCGGCUCUGAAGGUCAUCCAGCUGAUCCUGGCGCAGGGCCUAGUACAUCCCGUCCAGAUAGUGCCCUACUUGAUUUGCAUGAGCACCGACUGCGAGAAGGCGGUCAGUCACAGCGCGGACAAGCAGCUCCAAGAUAUAGAGAAGAAGUAUCCCGGCUUCAUUCACAUGAAAUCGCAGUUCGGGAUCAAACUGAGCUACCGGCUGCAGAAGCUACUACAAAACGACAUUACAGUAAGAGGUAUGCGAGUCAGGGAGGGUGAAUUUCCAGGCGCUCUCAACGGCUUUCUCUACACGAUACUGCGCAACACGAAGCAGCAGAGGCGGGCGAUCGUGCUGUCCUUUCUCAAACACUUCGACGAGACCGCCAAGACCAGCUUGUCGCAGAUGCUGUACCUGGCAGAUAAUCUCGCCUACUUUACAUAUCAGGUGCAGGACGAGCCGCUGUUCAUCAUCCAUCACAUCGACAUUAUCAUCUCCAUGUCCGGUACAAAUCUGCUGCAGUCUUUCAAGGAAGCACUGCUGCCCAAAGAAGGUACCACACAGUCGACACAAGCGCAAAGUGCGCCAACGCAGACAUUGAUCUUGGGUCCAGAUGGUCAACCACGACCGGAGCAGUUGAUAUCACUGGAGGACGAAGAGGACGACGAGGAGGACGAGGAAAUUCUCUUGUCCAGGUUACCAAACGACACUACUCUACUCAGGGAGUACAUCACCGCCAGUCAAGGCUUCCUGCUCUUAUUGACACUACGACAGCACCUCAAGGAUCUCUACGGCUUUUCCGACGCGAAGAUUGGGCAAUACUCGCCUUCAGAGGCGGCUAAGGUAUAUGAGAAGGCGGUGAAUCGCAAGAACAAUCUGCACUUCGACCCUAAGGCCACGCUUCAGAGGUUACGCGAAAAUGUGACUAACGAAGAGCUGGACGAGAAUGGCAGGAGAAAGCUCGUGCAUGAGUACCUGGACUUCAAACAGCUGAUGCUCAAGUUUGAUCCCGAGGAGCCGGAGGACGACGGUUGCGGCGGUAAUGACGCCACCGCCGUUGCAGAUACCAGCGGCGGCAAGCAAGCAGUGGGGGAACAUCCACAGACGACGCAGAGGAUACCGCUGCAUCCCGACGCGGAAGGCGGCAGGACGAUAGCGGACGCCAGUGUCGCGAGUGACAACAUUCUGGCUAACGCUGCCGGCCAGCAGUUCGGUCAGUCACUGCCAGCGCCGCAGUCGAAUUUGAACUCCGCUCCGACGGAGCAUCCGAAUAACUCGGUGAACUCGCUGCCGGCGGCGGCAGCGCCGAUGACGACGCCUACGACGACACCGCGAGUCCCUAAAUUGACGAUACACGCCCAUCCGGAUGCGAGGGAACACCGCAAGCACCGCGCUCACAAGACGGACAAGGUGAGAAAGCACAAGAAGAAGAAGAGGAGAAGAAUCUCCGACAGUAGCGACAGUGCCGAGGACUACAGUGACCCUGACUUCCUCGUGUGAGUGCGGUGGUAUAUCUCGUCCUGUGUGUACAUAUAUAUACGUUAUGUCCGUGAUGGUGCGUAUGACUGUGCGUGUAUAUGCGUGCGUAUGCUUGCCUGCGCACGUGUGCGUGUAUGUGCGUGUAUGCCUGUGUGGCUCAGAUGUGGCGUUAAAAUAGACAACACUAGAGUAUAGAACGCUGUUGCAGUGCGAUGAUUCCUUUGCCCCCUGUUUCCCGAAAUGACUCCCAGCCCCGUCGAAGUUGUGCUACGACUUUGAGGACGUUAGGAACACUUCGGUCGAGAGACCGCAUAGAGAACUGUUGUGAUGUGGGGAUGCGUGCGAGCGAGAGAAAGAGAAGGAGAGGUCCUCGACAAGAACGAUGGCACAGAUAGGCACAGAUUUUUAAGCGCGAUCUAACGUUGAGUUAAGGAUAACUUUGUUGGCUGAAACGGCGGACGUCUGUGAAGUUUAUCGAUCCGCCGUGCCGUUGUUAUCGAGAUCGGCUUGUUAAAUAUUUCGUGUGACCGACACGGAACUUGGUUCGCUGUGAUUAGUUUCUUCUUCUUCUUCUCUUCCUCAGAGAAGCGGAAACUUCUUGGCCGGCUUUCGGCUACGGAUCGCACGACUUUGCCGAGACUACGGAGAUAACGAGAAGACGAUCGAAAGAGUUCUCGAGUUGCCAGUAGUUGAUAGCCAAGGAGAUGAACCGCGAACCAAAUUCCGCGAAAGAACUCAAGUACAAUAAAUUACGUUCGAACAAAAUUCAUCUGUAAAUAAUAUCAUAUAAUGAUGGCGACGUAGUGCGGUUGUUGAUUAACUCUUCUCGUGGAGAAAGAGAUUUGCGUGAAGAGAGACAGAGAGAGAAAGAGAGUGUGGCGGUAGGAACUGAAAAGAAGAGAAACUAAAGAGGAAUGAAAAACACAACAUACGGUUCGAUCGGUCUCGAUAAGAUUCGUCGUUGCUCCCUCUUUCUUCCUUUUUCGAGAGUGAGAAAAGCAAGUACUGCUUAUCUCGAUAAAUGCUGAAAAUUUUCUCCAGAUAUACUUAUCUAAAUAUCGACUGAAAUAAAAAUCUCUCGGGUUUGUCUAAAAUUUUACAGAGAGCAUACAGUGAUUAAUUGAUAACAUUUAUUAAGUGCACACAGAUCUUAAUUUUCGUUUGCUUGGUGGAUUUUAAUAUAGAAUUCGUAUCAAAUUGCUUGCUUGUAUUUCAAGAAGACCGGUGCUGUUGUCGGUGUAAGCGGUAAUUGCUCUCGUCAGGGACGAUACCAAAUCGAAAGUUGACAAAAUUUUUGGCACACUACACGAAUCGAACAUCGAUGUUGGGCGGACCCCAUAUAUAGACCCUCCCCGCGGCAUGUAUAAUAGAAGUGUGUAGCAGGACGCAUUGCCUAUGCAUUACGCGAAACGUUGUUUGUAAUAUCUGUACAUAAAAAUCUUCAAGUAAAGUAUCUUAUUUUCUUACAAACUAUAUAGCGGUGACAUUACGAAGAAAAUACUUAAGAUUUCGUUGUAAUAUUAAGUAUUUAUUCAAGAUUCAUGUUGUCCCAAUAUAGUUUGCUUCGCGCACUCACACUCGUCCUUGGUGUACGAAACGACGAAAACGACAAAGGGGAAAAGAAAACAAAGAAAAAAAAAAGAAACAGACAAAGAGGUAUCGUUUUUAUACAAGCUUAGAGAUAACGAUAGUGGCCGUACUCUCGACAAAAGCGAAAAGCGGGACUUUCUAUCGGCGUUAUUAGGAUGUUAGAAAAGCAGGGAUGAAAUUCACGGUGUGUUCUGCGAAAUAUGGUGCGACUCUAAAUAUUUCCACGAAAAACUCGCUGACAUUUUAGUUUUCAUUGGCAACUUUUGGAACUCGCGCGGAGUUCACCAAAAAUCCGCGAGCCGCCACCUUGGGAUGUCUUGGUUGUUGGCAUCGGAGAUCCGAGGAGUUCAAGAGACUUCCGUGAUAUUAAAGUUGAAUAUAAAAACCAAAUGUGCUUACGAGAUAUAUAGUCUACACACACACACACACACACACACACCACAUACAAAACGCAGGUGUUUGCUCGAAGAUCGAGAUCUCCAGCUACCACCAUCUAUACGAAAUCUUUAGCGGAUGAAUCCGCUUUUGGGAUUGCAUUCUUCGUUCUCGUCUUCGUUUCCAUUUUUGGCGUGUAGCGGUCGUUGUUGCCGCAGCCGAGGAGAGACGCAACGAAUUUUGGUCGAACAAUAUUCGAACGCACGAACGUAUUUUUUCCCUCUUUCUCUCUCUCUCUUUCCUUCUUUUUUCUUCUUUUAUCGUGCUCGUAAAUUCAAAUGCCGAUCGACAUCAAGUUGAGUGGCAGCUGUGACUUCGUAAAUCGUGGGAAGGAUUUUGUAUUCGUGACUUUCUUUCCAUCGCAGCGAGUAGUGCUUUUAUACGUUUAUAGAUGACACACAAGCGAGGCGCGAUGAAAAAAGGGAAAGAGAAAGGGAGGGAGAAAAUGAGGAGAGGAGAGGCGAUCGUUGCGUUUCUCUUGCGGCAAAGAGAUGCAAGCGCGAGAUGGACCAUGGUCUGUUGCUCGACUAAAUCAAACUCGAACACCAUUUAGAUUAUUCGAUAUUCGACGGCGGAGAGCACCAGGAUACCUCGGAUGUAUCAAUUGUGAUUUAUCAUAUCUUAGGGGUCAUUGAUUGAGCGCGUGCAUCUCUUUAGUAUAGAAACGGAGACGACAACGACGACAAUGACGAUGACGAUUCGAUCGAACGAACGCUUCCGCACACGUACAGAGUGCAGAGUACGUCUUUAGUUUCCUCGCAACAUUGCGAUAUGCGUGAAUACAUUGUAAUGGACGCUUCCAGGUAUUCGUUAUCUGAUUGUUGGUUAGCGGUAAUUACCGAUCAUGCGCUGCCUUUACGUUUUGUGAAAUAUAUAGAAGAGAUGACUGGAGCGGGGCGAUUGAACGGACGCAUACCGCAAGUCGCGUAAUGUUCUAUGUUUUGAUCUGCGUUUCGUUUCUUCUCACGGAAAUUACAAUGCCAGUGAAAUUUUUGUUAUCUGCAAUUCGCUCGCUUGCGAAUUCUCUUGCAAAGAAUACGCAAAUUAUAUAAUCAGAGAAAAAGACAUUGCGAUCGCAACUAUAUAAAUUAGUUGUAUAGAUUAACUAUUAUUAACUAUAUAGAUGAUAAUCGUACGAGUUUUUGUACGUAGAAUAAAUGUAUAUAGUUUAAUAAACUAUUUCAUGGUUAUUUUGUAGCUAUUUUAUAUUAAAGCUUCAAAGAAUUAUAACUAUAAAAUAAUUUCCUAAGAUAUAUGUGCGUUAUAAUUCUGCAUAGAAAACUCGUAAAGUUAUCACCUGCAUAGUUAUCAUCAUGAUUUUUUUCGGGGGCCAGAAAAAUGACUCAAUUUUUAUUUGUAUCAGUGUCCACUCAGUUUUUCUGUUAUUUGUGACUUGCAACUUCUCUCGUUCGAGACAGAGACAGCCGCAGCUUCCAGUGUCCCAUUAAAUUACAUAGCUGUUGAGUUUAUUUUGCAAUUUGAGGAAGUCCGAUUCUCGCGAGUUUCCCGCGCGAUUUCCCGUGGAAGAAGCACGAAUAGUUUUGCAUUUCGAGGGAGCGUUCGCACGAUCGCACGUCUCAAUACAAUGCAUUUAUAUAAUGUUCGACCGCAAGAGACUACGCGCAAAUUCUCGCACCGUGCGGAUUCGAUCGCCGCGGAUCCGCGCAAUACUUCAUUAAUGUACGCAGGGUCUAGAAGGUACGUUCUCAAUGCUCUUGGUUCUCACGAUGAAAACUCGCGCUUUAUCGAGGCCCAGAUGUACAUCCGUCUAUAUCACGUCAAUAAAUCUGGCAGUAAAACGUAUAUCGAUUCAUUCGUCUAGCUUUAAGGAUGCGCGCCGGCGGAAGCGCACGUGGCGAUUUCACAAUCUCUCCGGCAGGAGAGGCGCUUUUGUUAUUCUCUCUUUUUAUUUUGCACUCUCGCGAGGAAACCUCCAGAAUUAUCUCUCGUACAAAUGAAGACGCAAUUAUAUGAAGGUAAUCACGUGAAGCCACUUAUUUUUACUACACACAAGCGAGUAGAGGCUCUCUCGAAAAAAAAAAGAAAACUUUUUUGUUUCCCCUCUUCGGCGUACGAAACUGCGAAAGCGAGGAGAGAUUGACGUGUAUUCUCGGGAGGAGUCUAUUUGUAGAAUGCGUUUAACUAGGAAGUAACAAUGGGCCAUGUGCGUUUCUGGCGAUUAGAUUAGUGAAAUUUGGUUGCUAAGCGUAACGAAUUUCUUUAAAAAAAAAAAAUAAAAAAGUGAAGAGUAGGAAGCCUGUCUCUUGGUCGGACGCGAACUCGAGACUCGAUACAGAAGACUGCGUAGCACAUCAGGUCCUCACGAACGCGACGACUGUCGGACUGUCGGGGUAGAAGGACCGGAUACACGAGUUAAUGUAACAAUCGCUGCGUGUUGUUCCGUCCGAGCAACGCGUGCGCGAAUUUCGCACAAAAUUACUAUAGCUUCGCUCUCGAUCGCAGACAGGUGAAAUUUUGAUUUUGCGCGCGUGUCGCUAUCGCUCUUCUUGUAACCGGCUCACACUUUCCGUUCAUUUCUCUUGCCGCGACAAGAGGUUGCGAAAUUGCAAUAAAACUGAAAAUAGAAGAAGAAGAAGAAGUGUCGUUUAUCGAGAAGCUUUCGAUGGACAAUAAAACCCGAUACUGUAGCCUACUAUUUUCCAAAGUAUCGUUAUGAUUUGCUAGUUUUGUGAGAUGUAUCGAAAAUUUUUGUUAUGGGUCAAUUUGCUCUCUCUCUUAUUGUCAUUGUGUAAUAAUUAUUAUUAGUGUUAUUAUUUAUCAAUCUGUGAAUUAUCUUUUAUAUUUGAGCGCUAGAGAGGCUUGAUCGCGGAGGAACAAGACUUUCUUUCUUAUUACUGUAAUCGCAAAACGUGUGAUCUCGCUUCCUGAACCUGUACCGUCCCUGAAGCGUGCAAUGCUAGAGAUUAAGCGAGAAUUGUUCUUUCUUUCUCCUUUUUUUUUUUUAUCAACGCGCAGUUUCUCCGUCGAAUUUCACUGGAAAGAAGAAAAAAAAGAAAAAUGACACGCGAUUAAUAGAAGAGUGUGUCGAUCAUCCUCGUGAAAUUGUAUUUACGUUCGCUAAAUAUCGUUAGGAGAGUCUUACGAGAGACAGAGAAAGGGAGAGAAGAAAGAAAAAAAAAAAAAAUGUGAAAAUUGGGCCGAAUCCUGAGUCUUUAUAUACCUUUUUCUACUGUGCGUUUUGUAUAAAUCGACGAAGGUAUCGCGAAGAAAAAAAAAAUGCCAAAAAUUUUCAAACAACGGGAGCUGUAUGUGGUUUCGUGCGGCUUUGAUAGCGGGAAAGUUCUCCGAAGUCAGCCUCUUUUUUCAGUAUUAUCACGGAAAUUCGAGAAAGUCUCUUUCCUAAAUUUAAACGUAACGAUAGCUAUGAUGUACAUGUACGUGUAGUAUAUACGUGUAUAUAUAGGUAUAUAUACACAUACCACACGUAUAUAUACACAUACACAUACACACACAUACACACAAACAUAUACAUACAUAUGCAAGUGUCUGUAAAUAAUUCACGAAUGUAAAGAUUCUAAUAAAAUUUAUCAAUAA